UCCUUGAACUUGCGGACAGGCCACGCCCACAGCUCGAAACGCAUAACGCAACAAAAUCUGUCAUCUGUAACGACAUUUCUGAUUAAACUGGACAUUAUGGCGAAGAACAUGAUGCUUUACUGGGGCUCCGGCUCUCCGCCGUGCUGGAGGGUCAUGAUCGCGCUGGAGGAGAAGAAACUGCAGGGAUACAAUCACAAACUUCUGUCGUUUGACAAGAAAGAGCAUCAGUGUGCAGAAGUGAAGGCGCUCAACCCCAGAGUUCAGCUUCCAACUUUCAAGCACGGAGACCUCAUCGUGAACGAGUCUUUCGCCGCGUGUCUGUAUCUGGAGAGUGCGUUCCAGUCUCAAGGAACCCGUCUGAUCCCGGAGGAUCCAGCGGAGCAGGCGCUCGUCUACCAGCGCAUGUUCGAGACCAACAACCUGCAGCAGAAAAUGUAUGACGUGGCUUUCUACGAGUGGGCCGUCCCGGAGGGAGAGCGUCACGAGUCGGCCCUGAAGAGGAACCGAGAGAGUCUGGUCGCCGAGCUGAAGCUGUGGGACGGGUACUUGGAGAAGGUUGUGUUUUUAAAGUCAAGUCGGCUUUAUUUCUACAGCGCUUUAUACAAUACAGAUUGUCUGGAAGCAGAGGCACAGUGAUAAAGUGGAAAAUAUCAAUCAGUGAUGCAAACUUCCAUCAAAUAUUAGUCAAAUUCAGCUGUAAAUCAGAUAAAUUCAGUUGUAGUUUAGUUCUCUUCUGAUUGUAAGUUCACUCAACUCAAUAUUACUGAAUGUCUUUUAAACCCUCAGUCAUGAAUUCGAACUUGAAACCAUUUGUUAAUCAAUUUAUUAGCAAUACAGUGGGGCCAAAAAGUAUUUAGUCAGCCACUGAUUGUGCAAGUUCUCCUACUUAGAAUAAUGGGAGAGGUCUGCAAUUUUCAUCACAGGUACACUUCAAUUAUGAGAGACAAAAU